GCCACUGCAGCUGCCGCUGCCUGCUCGUUGCCGCGUCUUCCCGGAGGCGACUGCUGGAAGCUACAGGGAACAGCUGCGGUGCUCUGCCAUAUUGUCUUCCUCGGCCGGUCCCUCGCCUCUUGGCCGGUAGGCCGAGUUGACGAACUAUAAGAGUAAAUGGGUCCAGUAAUUGGAAUGACUCCAGAUAAGAGAGCUGAAACCCCAGGAGUUGAAAAGAUUGCAGGAUUAAGCCAGAUUUACAAAAUGGGAAGCUUGCCUGAAGCUGUUGAUGCUGCCAGGCCAAAGGCCACUCUAGUGGACAGUGAGUCAGCAGAUGAUGAACUCACAAACUUGAACUGGCUUCAUGAAAAUACUAAUCUUCUAACAAACUUCAGCCUUGGAACUGAGGGUCUUCCAAUUGUUAGUCCAUUGUAUGACAUAGAGGGAGAUGAUGUGCCAUCCUUUGGACCACCUUGCUACCAGAACCAAGAAAAAAAAUCAGCAACUUCAAAACCCCCAUACUCCUUUAGUCUUCUCAUUUAUAUGGCUAUUGAGCACUCUCCAAAUAAAUGUUUGCCUGUCAAAGAAAUUUAUAGCUGGAUUCUGGAUCAUUUUCCGUAUUUUGCUACUGCACCAACAGGCUGGAAGAAUUCUGUGCGACAUAAUCUGUCCCUGAAUAAAUGUUUUCAGAAAGUGGAAAGAAGCCAUGGCAAGGUUAACGGAAAAGGUUCCUUAUGGUGUGUUGAUCCGGAAUAUAAACCCAAUCUUAUCCAGGCACUGAAGAAGCAACCUUUUUCUUCAGCAUCUCCACAGAAUGGUUCUUUAUCACCUCACUAUUUAAGCUCUGUACUCAAGCAGAACCAGGUGCAAACCCUCAAAGAAUCUGAUAUUGAUGCUGCUGCUGCAAUGAUGCUUUUAAAUACUUCUAUAGAACAAGGAAUUUUAGAAUGUGAGAAGCCUCUUCCUAUGAAAACAGUAUUGCAAAAAAAAAGGAGUUAUGGCAAUGCAUUUCAUCAUCCCAGUACUGUACGAUUACAAGAGAGUGAUUCUUUAGCCACCAGCAUUGAUCCAAAAGAAGAUCACAAUUACAGUGCAAGUAGCAUGGCAGCACAGCGUUGCGCAUCCAGGUCUAGCGUUUCUUCCCUGUCUUCUGUGGAUGAGGUAUAUGAAUUUAUCCCAAAGAGUAGCCAUGUGGGAAGUGAUGGCAGUGAAGGAUUUCACAGUGAAGAAGAUACAGAUGUUGAUUAUGAAGAUGAUCCUCUUGGAGACAGUGGCUAUGCAUCACAGCCUUGUGCAAAAAUCUCUGAAAAAGGGCAGUCGGGCAAAAAGAUGCGAAAACAGACAUGUCAAGAAAUUGAUGAGGAGCUCAAAGAGGCAGCUGGAUCUCUGCUCCACCUUGCUGGAAUACGUACCUGUUUAGGUUCCCUAAUAAGUACUGCAAAGACACAAAAUCAAAAACAACGGAAAAAAUAGAAAUACUUAAAGUGUGGCAAUACUCUUUGACUUACUUCUCUACAAGGGAUAUCAAAGCCAUAAUGGACUUCGUUAAUUUUAGGGUAGGGAAGGGAUACUAAUUACUUAUUUCUUUCAAAACAUUUUUGGUUUUAAAAUUUUUAUUAAAUAAUUGCUGUCAGGAUCCUGCCUGAUCGGAAAUAUAUGAUGUGAAGUCCUAAAAAAGUGUAAUUUUUGUGAUAAAUGUCUCCAAGAUUUGGAAAUUUUUAUAUAAGAAUAUCCCCAGCCUCUGUCUUAAACUUGUAGGACAAAAAUUCUUCCUUCUGUUAAUAUGUCAGAAUGUAAGAUUUGGCGACUCUAUCAAUUUUUUUUCAUUUUCUUUUCCAAUCUGUAACUAUAGUUACUGAUCCAGCUAAAAAUUUUGCUAAUGUCUUUUUUAUAUAUUUCUCUCCUGAUACACAGUCUGGUAGGAUAAGAUUGAAUUUUUUUAACUUUGUCUUAUUUUGUUUUUAAUUAUUUUUUUGUUAUGGUGUGAGCAAAGUCAAACAUAAAUUGAAAAACAUCCUGAUAUUUAGAAAAUUUCUUUUGGUUACAUAGGUAGAGAGUACAACAAAGGGUUCUAAGAUUUAGAAAAGGGAAUUUUGUGGUAUUAUUUCAUCGAAGAACACUCCCAAUUUCUAUUACUAUGGUAGCUUUGAAGUGUUUUUACUUCACAGAUACUGCAUAGCAUUUAUUGGGGCCUUUAGUUCUUUCCCAAGGUGCUUUGCAAACAUUGUUUAAGUUUUAGCCACUAGCUGCCUUUGUUGAGUAUAAGUUAUCCAAUGAGAGGAGAUAACCAAUAAAAUAUGUUAUGGAGUACACCCAUUUUGACACACUUGUAAUAAGAAUCUUUCAUUUGCCUGCCACAUGUACUGCAUUCUGAGAAUCUUGUAAUAGGAAUGGAGUGUAAUGAAAUAUUUUGAGUGCUGAUUACAUAUGCCAUCAUAAAUCAUGUAGGUCAUUUAGGAAAAACUUCUGUCCAAGCUUUGCAUGAAUUAAAUUCAUAAGUAUACCAAUUAAAUGUUAACAUUUAGUGCAGUUUUACAGACAAAAUACUUUGAUGAUUCAUCUAAAUUAGAUCUUAUACAAUACACCCUUUUGAGGACACAGUGUAAUAACCUAUAGUGCCAUUGAUCCAUGAUGAAAAGAUUUUCUGGUAAUAUUCCAAAAGUGCUUUGACUAAGUAUCCUAACUAUUUAAACAGUCUGCUUAUAUGAGACAGUUUUUCAUAGUAUCAUUUGUAUAGUUUGAUUAGAUUAUUUGGAAACAACAGGAUGCUAAACUAAACUUAUUCAUUGUAUCUUUUUUUUUUUUUUUUUUUUUUUACUAUGGUGGAAGCAACUUUUCAAAAGUUCGGUCUUAUGCUGCAUCCUAAAUCGUAAACAAUGAUCUUGUUUUCAUUAUUCUGAUAGAUUAUGUACAUAUGUACACAUACAUACACAACAUGCACAGUCAAGGUAACAAUGUUGACUUGAUGCUUUUAGCUGUGUCUGUGAUUAUGAAGAAUUUUUUAAGAGACAAAUAUUUUACUUUUAUUUCAGCAAAACUGUCAUGAUUUUAAAAACUUUUUUUCAAUUGACAAGACUUGAAGUCAGGCUGACAGUAUUAAUAUUCUCUGUUCUGUUUCCAUGUUAAAUUUAAUUUAACCUGGGUAGCCACAUUAAUGAAUUGGUGCUGUCAAAAUACAGUAAUUUUUAAAUUUGUCAAUGAAAAAUAGCAUACAGGCUGAGGUAUUUGGGUUUUUUCUUUAUAUAGGUCACAUCUACAGAAAAUGGCUAGACCGAGUUAACUUUUAUUAUAGACAGUGAAUAAAACACCGAAAAACCAAAAAUGCUUUAACCACAGUAGAAAUUAUAAAAAGAUUACACACAUCAUUUUAAUAACUAUUUUUAAGUUAUUUACCAUAACUUUCUGCAUAGACUUUAGGAACAGUGUUUCAAUGAUCUGGUACCAGUUUAUUUUGUUCUGAAAUUCUGUAUCACAAAUGUGCUACCUGGUUUCUAUCCAUUAGAUAAUUACUCUUUAGAAGAAAAGGAAAGUGAUCUAAGAGAAGCAGAGUUAGUUGCGGCUCUACUAGGGAUCUUCAAAGUUAUUUUGUCUUGAUGUAUGUAACAAGACAUCAUAUUUUAUCUUGAUGUAUGUAACAAGACAUCAUAUUUUGUCUUGAUGUAUGUAACAGUAAUUCUUUACAUCUUUUGAUUUUUCUCUUCCUUUUUAUGCACUCUUCCCACAAAUUUAAAUGUUUAAGUUAUAUUCAUCACUAGCAAGGAUGAUAAACAUUUGUGCACUGAAAGCUAACAGGGAGAAGUUACACAAUAUUUUAUAGUUUCUUAAACAUAAUUUAGGGUAUCACCUUCCACUUGCUAAUAUACCAAGUCAGUUGUUUUCAAGGGGGAGAGCCUUUUAAAUUAUGGUCCUCCAAUUACUCCUUCCAUUGAGAUUAUGCUUAUUCCUCAGGUGUUUUGAGAAACAUGGCUAAUAACCACACAAUUAAGUAGAGUCAUUCCAAGUCCUAUGGACUGGAAAUUAUAUUCCCAAUAAUAUGCAAAUUUUCCUGUAAUAAAAACAACUUGGAAACUCCAAGGAAUUUCACGUUUUCCAACAUAUCCUAAAACUGUGAUUUAAGCUAACAUAUGAUUUGCCUUACGUCAAAACAAUACAAUUUUUUGUUACAACUGAUUCCAGUAGAUCCCUAGUAAAAAGCUUUGAUUCAGCACAAUUGUUCAUCUUUCACAUCCCAAAUAGAAUCAGUGUUUCUUGAAUAUAUAUUUUUGAAGGUUUUUUGUGCAAUAUAUUACUAAAUCAGUUAUUUUACUUUUCAAAUUCAGAGAAAGAAAACAGAUUACCUGAAUUCAUGGAAAAAGUGGAUCACCUCCCUUUUUCCACCUUCAAGCCUUUCCUGUCCUCAUAGCCAGCAUGACUUCUUUUAACUUGAAUUCCUUUGUAUAUAGUAUAGCUAGGUAUAUAUAUUUUUUCUUUUGCUACUUUCUGAGGCAUUAUGUAAAGAGUUCAUACUAGAUGUUCAGUUCAAUAUACUUUAGCACAAAGUCAAACUAGAGUAUGUGUUAAAGAGGGAAUGUAUGUGUCUUGGUAGACCAGGAGGCCUUUCCCAGCAAUUUAAGCAAAAGAUGUGAAUACUUCACAAAGCUGUAAAGACCAUUGUCUUAAAUACUACAACAUCUUGAUACCCUUUUGUGAACACCAUAGCAUUUAUUUAAGAAACUUUGAGGCUUUCUGGUUUACAUACAUCUUAUAGGUUUUAGUUUGAAAUGUGUUAGCUUUGAUUUAAACCAAGUUUACUUCAGUAUGUUAAUGAUGUAGUAAAAAUAUUUAUUGAAAAGCAAAUUGGAGUAUUUUAAUAUUAUACCUGCCAUUUUUUUCUUAAAGCAUAUUCUUUGCAUCUAACUGCCAGUGCCAUUGUCAAAACUUAUUUUUUAAAUUGUUGUAUAUUUCUUAUUAAACUAAGUGCUUAAUUUUAAAGUAUUAUGUUGCCAUCAUAUAGUGUAUAAAAAUGUAUAAUUGCCAAUUCAUUGUAACUAUUAUUUAUUUUUAAAUGAAAGUGUAAGAAUGCUUUCUGAUUCAACAAAUUUAUCAAACUGUUUUCUUAUUCUUUUUUCUGAUGUCGCAUAAAAAUUGUCCCAGUUUGAGUUACAACUGCCAGUAGAUGACCAGUCACAAGUGAGCCACUUCUCAGUUGCCAGUCUUUGCUCAUAUUAAAAACAACUUACAAAUGCUUAGUUUUUUGUAUCUAAUCUCUGGUUAUUAAGAUGUUUAUAAAGUUUAUUUUUACCAAAGAGAAGCAAUCCAUUAUGACAAAGUAUUGCAUAAUAAACUUUGUUUUAUAACA